AUGCGAGUCAUCCAAAGCCUUAUUGUACAUGAUGCCAUUGGAAAGCCCAAAAUACUUUUAGAUCAACUAAGGGAAGGGCUUCAGACUCUGGGAUUCGGGUCCAGAAUGCAAGUAUAUCCUGAGCUUUUCAAAGAGCUAUUUGUUGCAGGAGAAAAGGAAAUGAAGGGUUCUGACAUCAAGGAAAUAUUGAUGUUUCCAUCAGAGAUGAGUGAUGGUGAAGAAACCAUCAUGGAGCACAUGACUGAGUUCAUAGUUGGUGCAACACCAGAUAUUCUAAAGGCAUUCGCCACCUUUGCUACUGGGGCACCCUGCUUACCAGAGUUUGGUUUAGAAAGGAUCAGGAUCGAAUUUGAGGAUGCUGGUUCCAUUUUUUCCUCUACUUGCACAAAGAAUGUAACCUUGCCAAGAAAUUUCCCUGACGAGGACACCUUCCUGGCUGCACUUCAAGCAGUUUGUGAUAAUAGUGGGAAGGCAUUUACUAGUAUUUAA